AUGCACCCGUCCCACUGGGGAACGGUUGGAAACACAUCCUCCCAAAGUCCUAACCCUCGACUCCACCGCGCAUCCCUUCCCAAACUGCCCAUCACAAUGGGGACUCCCGUCUCGUUCCGUCGUGGAGGUGAAGGGACCCUCGUGCCAUUUUCCCGCGAUGUGCACAGUAACCCCAGUCGCAUGGCUAGCGCAGAGGUUAGCGUGCCACAACUGGAUCGCCUUAUUGACUUUGGGCCCAGGGAUGGAGUCCCUCAAGCCACUACCAGCAAUUAG